UUGAACCUAAAGCGUAAAGAUUUACAAGGAGAAUCUUUAGAUAAAGAAAACACGCCAGUAAAAAUAAGAACUCCUGCAGUGAAAGUAAAGAGUAAUGAUAAGGAGUUAAUCAAAAACAAAAAACAACAGAUUACUGUAAAAUUUGAAUUUCCAAAUAAAACAGCAUUUGACAUGAAGAACAAAACCCACAAACGACAAAAUAAGGUGGAUACAUCACAGACAGACGACUUCGAAAGCAAGGGUCAGCAAACAAGCAGUGGACAAGCCGCGAAGAAGCUUGCUAAUUGGCAAUGGGCUGAACAGAUGUCGUUCAUAGAUUCAUCCACAAACUUGAGACAAACUGAAAGUACACUGGAUACCAGUACUAUAUCUAUAGAGAAUGAUUAUGAAAAUUCUGCAGAAGCCGAACAGGUUUCAAAUAAUGAACAGAACGAGCUCGUCGUUCAAGAACUGGAGACAGCACGGUCUACAGCUGAAACUACAGCUGAAACUGCAACUGAAGUAUCCCGGAGAAGACGACGCCGUGUAAGCAACGACGAUCCUGCUGAGAAGAUUAUAAAUUAUUUAAAGACUCGAAAAUCGGGUACUACGGACAGAAACGCUACAGAAAAUCUUGUCAAAAUACCGUGUGAUCGAAUGGACAUCGAUUUUUUAGGUUAUGCCCAUACUGUAAAGAAAUUUUCUCUACGAAAGCAAGCUAUUAUUAAACUUCAAAUAACACAAAUUAUAACUGAGGCUCAACUUGAAGAAUUGAAUAAUAGCCGGCCUAAUUCUAAUUUCAGCAAUGCUUCAUCCUCUAGUACUCCCAAUUUUUACUACGUCGAUAACGACUGGAACAUUUCAAGAUCGACACCAUCUGAAGAACUGCAAACACAUUCCAUCCCAGACACUCAAAACGUUUCAAAUGCACAGAUACACAUACCUAAUACUCAAACAAAUUCUGUCCCAGACACUCAAAACGUUUCAACUGCACAGAUACAUAUACCUAACACGCAAACACAUUCAAUCCCAGACACUCAAAACGUUUUAACUCCUACACUGAUACACAUACCCAGUGGCAGAAGAAUUACACACACCCAAGUAUCACGACAACAAAAAAACGAGAACACAACACGACAUCAAAAAAAUAUACAUGAAUUUCUUUGUAAUUGGAAUGAACCGUGA